CAAAAUUUUAAAAUUAGUAGAGCAAAUUAUUAAAGUUUCUCGGUUUCUCUACUUUCGCUUUUUCAUCUCUCUGACACGGUCUCCGUCUUCUCCCAGACACUUCACCGUUUACAAUUUUACUUUUCUCUGAAUACUCUCUCUGAAUUCCACGUACCACCAUGUAUUUCUGUGUCAAUGCAGCUCUCAUUUCAGUCGGUUAACCAACUCACUGUCACUGUCAGAUGAAAAUGGCAAAGCUUCACCAAAACGAGCUUGUUCUCGACCACACACCCGCCGGCGAUGGCAGUUUCAACCUCUGGUCCUCAUGCCGACGCAAAAUUAUUGAUGCCAUGAGGUGCAACGGCGGAAUAUCUCGCAACCAGAAGUCGAUCAAGUCUCCGGCGGUGGCGGACAUUCCCAAGCUGGAACAGGCAAAAACUUCCAUAUCGGAAUGUAGAUCGGAUAGUACUAUUAAGAACAACGGUAACCAUAAAGGAUCAGAGAAGCUUUCGACAUUGAUGAGGAUGUCGGAAACGUCGCCGGAGGAGGAACAGAGAGUGAAGUUGAAAGAGGUGGUUAGACGGUUGCAGAGCGGAGGAGACGGCGACGCCUUGGGAGGAGCGAGGGAAGUGAGGGAGCUAACUAAGGACGAUUCACAAUCCAGAACGAAUUUAGCAUUGCUUGGAGCAAUUCCGCCGCUCGUUGCAAUGCUCGAUUCCGACGAUCUCCAUUCCCAAAUCUCAGCUCUCUACGCUCUUCUCAAUCUCGGAAUCGGCAAUGACCUGAACAAAUCCGCCAUUGUUGAAGCAGGAGCAGUACACAAGAUGCUAGAUCUAAUCGAAUCUCCAAUCCAGGAGUCCCCCAACCCUGAUUUAUCAGCAGCAAUUGUUGCAAAUUUUCUGGGAUUAACUGCCCUUGAUUCAAACAAAUCAAUAAUCGGAACUUCAGGAGCCAUUUCCUUUUUGAUCAAAACCCUCAAAACCUCAACCAAAAGCAACACCAAUUCACAAGUGAUUCAAGAUUGUUUAAGGGCACUCUACAACCUAUCCAUCUUGCCAUCAAACGUUUCACCCAUGAUCGAGUCCGAAGAGUUCAUAUCAUUUCUGUUGUCCAUGAUUCGAGAUACAGAAAUAAGCGACAGAAUCCUCUCGAUUCUGACCAAUGUCAUAUCUACCCCUGAGGGCCGAAGGGCUGUUAGCACCACCCAUGAUGCGUUUUCAAUCUUGGUUGAUGUUUUGAAUUGGAUGGAUUUGCCUAAUUGCCAAGAAAAAGCAACUUAUAUUUUGAUGGUGAUGGCUCACAAGUCGCAUUCAGAUCGACAAGCCAUGGUUGAAGUGGGGAUCAUGUCAUCGCUUCUCGAAUUGACUCUUUUAGGUAGCACUUUAGCACAAAAACGAUCCUCAAGGAUUCUAGAAAUCCUGAGGAUCAAUAAAGGAAAACAAGUUUCAGAAAACUAUAAAGGACGUUCAGGGGCAGCUAUAUCAGCUCCCCUUUGUGGGUCCACUGACACAGAAUCAGUGAACUCAUCGAACAGUUUUCCAAACAACUAUGCUGUAAGGCAGUUGGUGGAACAAAGUUUGCAGAACAAUAUGAGGAGGAUAGUGAAGCGGGCGAAUUUGACACAAGAUUUCAUCACAUCGGAGCAUUUGAAGUCGUCGAGUGUUUCUUCAUUUUCUUCUUCAAAGAGUUUGCCAUUUUGA